AUGGUCAACUUUGAUUCUGGCACCUUCUUCAAAGACACACUCCAUGCCCAAUUUGCAGGGAAGGCGCAGGAGGCCCUGCAGCAGCGCUACAGGAUCGGCUCGCUGCUGGGGCGCGGCGGAUUCGGCAGGGUUUUCUCGGCCACUCGGCUCUCGGAUGGCGCCCCGGUGGCCAUCAAAAAGGUGCCACGGAACCGCAUCCGGGACUGGGGCGAGCUGCCCGACGGCACCAGCGCACCACUGGAGAUUGUGCUGCUGGACAAGGUGUCCACAGGCUUCUCCGGUGUGGUGCAAAUGCUGGAAUGGUUUGAGCUCCCCAAGCACAUCGUAAUGGUGCUGGAGCGCCCAGAGCGGUGUGAGGACCUGCGGCGCUACAUUCGGGCACGGAUAUUCCUGUCCGAGGAAGAGGCGCGGGAGCUUUUCCGGCAGGUGCUGGAGGCCGUGCGGCACUGCACCAGCUGCGGGGUCCUUCACAGAGACAUCAAACCAGAGAACAUCCUGGUUGAUCUGGACACCGGCGAGGCAAAAUUGAUUGACUUUGGCUGUGGCACCUACCUGCAGGACACAGCC